AAAAUAUGUCUUGAUCUGCUGAUUAAGUUCUGAGCUGAGCGGGGUGGAGAAUUUGUCCGGAAGAAUCCUUAGAGAGAGAAGCACAGACUGAGAGUGAUGGCAUUGUGGCGAUCGCUGGGUGGGAAAGCUGGAAAAGGAUCAUCUUUGCUCUUCGGCUUAACACGGAAGUUAACUUAUGGUGCCCAAUCCCAAAGCGUGCGAGCAUUCUCAUCCGCCGUAUCGCCACCUUCCAAGGCUGUUGUCUACGAGCUUCACGGCUCGCCUGACUCCGUCACCAAGUUGAUAGGCCUUCCUCCCUUUGAAAUCAAAGAGAAUGAUGUGUGCGUCAAGAUGCUUGCUGCUCCUAUCAAUCCCUCCGAUAUCAAUAGGAUUGAAGGUGUGUAUCCUGUGAGACCGCCACUACCAGCUAUUGGUGGCUAUGAAGGCAUCGGAGAGGUGCAUUCAGUGGGCUCUGCAGUUACAGCUCUAUCUCCUGGUGAUUGGGUUAUUCCUUCUCCACCUUCUUUUGGGACAUGGCAAACAUACAUUGUCAAAGAUCAGAAUGUGUGGCAUAAAAUAAAUAAGGAUGUGCCCAUAGAAUAUGCUGCUACAAUUACUGUCAAUCCUUUGACUGCCCUGAGGAUGCUUGAAGAUUACACUACUUUGAAUCCAGGAGAUUCUAUUGUGCAAAAUGGGGCUACAAGCAUGGUUGGUAAGUGCGUCAUUCAGAUUGCACAAUCUCGGGGUGUUCACAACAUCAACAUAGUAAGGGACAGGGCAGGGAUUGAUGAAGUAAAGGAAAAACUUAAGAAAUUGGGAGCUGAUGAAGUUUAUACUGAGAGCCAGUUGGAAGUGAAGAACGUCAAGAGUCUCUUGGGUGAUAUGCCUGAACCUUCAUUGGGAUUCAACUGCGUUGGUGGGAAUUCAGCUUCCCUGGUUCUCAAAUUUUUGAGACAGGGAGGAACAAUGGUGACAUAUGGUGGAAUGUCUAAGAAGCCUAUCACAGUGUCAACUUCAUCCUUCAUAUUUAAGGAUCUUUCCCUGAGGGGUUUCUGGUUGCAGAAGUGGAUAACUGCAGAUAAAGCUGGAGAGAGCAGAAAAAUGAUAGACAGGCUUCUGGGUCUUGUGCGAGAUGGGAAGUUGAAAUAUGAGAUGGAACUGGUUCCCUUUGACCAUUUCAAGACAGCAUUGGAUAAGGCUCUCGGCAAACUCGGGAGCCAACCUAAACAAGUGAUCAUAUUCUAAACAUUUAAGUAGGAGCUAGGAGUUUGUUGAGACUUGGUAUAGGGUAAGCCUUUGGGAAAGGAAUUUAGUCUGUCAUCUGGCAAUCAUAGUACACUACACCACACAUUGAUCUUGUAGAUCUUGCUUGUAUAGAAUGCGAGUUGGGAGUAGUGGCGAACCUCUCAACAAACACUGCGGUGAAAAUUUCACAACUAACAUUGAUGAGCAUCGAUCUUAGUUUAAUUGAAAGGCUCACGAAACGAGCAUGUAGAUAUGCAAUACAUCUUCGGUGCAUCCCUAGUCUGUAUUGAUGUUACUAUGUCACUAUUAACGUGAAAACUUUGUAGCCGGUGGCAUUACUUUGAUGAUUACAAGUUUACA